GAUUUCGAAGAAAAAUAUAGUAAUAUUAUGAAAAUGAUAGGUUCGCCAUGAAUAAUCUCUGCAACAGCUCCUUAUAAACAACUUAAGAAGAAUAGUUUAAUAUGCCUCCAGGUACCAAAGAGCCAGAGGAUAAAGUCUGUUAGAAAAAUGGCCAAGGUGCAAAAAUAAGACCCACAUGAACUCGAUAGAGACAAAGCUUCUUGGAAUAGUAUCGAAAAGUAAAUAAAGAAGGAAAAUUAGACAAGGGUGAUACCCUUCUGUUUAAUACAUACUAUAACACUCUUGUGGGAAGUAGAGAAAUCGAUGUCAAUAAAUUGUUUGGUAAAAAUCUUCUCAUGAGAAGAACAGCCUCUACUUCAGCUGCUAGAUCAAGGCUCAGAGAUAAGAAAGUUCGGUGGGCUGAUGAAAAUAAACACAAAGCUAAAAGAAAUAGCUUAACUGAAUCAGCCGGACUUGAGAAGUUGUCCAAACUGGUCUAUGGAGAUCAAUCGAUGCCUAUACCCACAUUUUCGAAAUUAACAACACCGCAGAAAGACAUCCGCAUAGAUUUAUCAAUUAAAUAAACUACCUCAAAGAGUUAUCAAAAUUCAGAAAGUGAUCCCUCCUUUGUUCAAAACUGAAGCUGAGAAUAAACUGAAGCCAAGUACAAAUAAAUCUCAAAAUUUUCAGCCAAAUAUAACUAGAAUUGAAUUGAAUACUGAUUCUCUAAAGUUAGGGCAUAAACCAAAAAUUGUGCACAAAAGACCAACUACUCAAGUCAAGGACAAGUUGAGGAAGAAUUCUGAUAAUAAUUUAAUCUCAAUAGUCAAGAAAUUCUAUCCAGACAUGAAAGAAAACGAAGCUGGUGGGAUGAUCCGUAGGCUCAACCAAAUGGAAAUCAACAAACGCUCCAGAAAAGAGUCUAUUGAGCCUCGGGAAAUUAGGACUAGUGAGUCUCCAAGACUCUCAUAUUUGAGUCAUAGAAGUAGUUCCCAAGGGCAUCUCAGUGCUAAGAAAAUAGGGAUUAAAUUAAACUAUAAGAUAGUUGGGGAGCCAAAUCUCAAAGGAAAUUUCAUGACUUCCUAUAAACCAUACAGACACCCCUUGAUCAAAGUGCAGAAGCCAAGCAAGGAAGAAAUAGAAAGAUCUAAAUUACGCCAAAUUGAGAAUACUCCUAGCCAGUAUGAGGACAGAGCUGUGCUCUACAGAAGUGGAAAGGUGAGUAUAUUCCUCAAAUACUCUAGAAUCCUCAUAACCGUAAUGAUUUUCAUGAGUUUAUUUCCAAGAAGAAGCUGUUCUUGAAGAGAACUAACAACCUAUCUGUGCAACAACAGGAGAAGCGCAGGAACAUUAUAAUGCAAAAGAGCAUGGUAUCGACCACCAGAGGUAGGAAGGUACUACACAUCGAGGAUAUUGACUUAAUAUAACUGAAUUU